CAUUCCUGUCCCUUUCUCCGUCACCAUCUCACUCUUGCACCUCUCCCACUUCAUAAGAUCCAUUCACACAAUCUGCACACUGCACAUCCAUCCUUCAUCAAACUCAACGCUUUCAUCAUGUCUACUGCUGUUCACGUUAAGAACAUCUCUAGUCAGACUUCGGAGAAGGAAGUUCGCGAUUUCUUCAGCUUCUGUGGCAAGAUCUCGACUCUCGCCCUCACCCCCGAUGACAACAGCACUCAGUCCGCUCUUGUGACCUUUGAGAAAGAGACUGCUGCCAAGACAGCUCUGCUCCUCGACAACACACAACUUGGUACUUCGCAGGUCAAGGUUGAGAGCGCAGCACCAAAUACCACUGCCGGAGAGAAGGCCCCUGCCUCGCCGGAAACAACCAAGGACCAUGAUGAUGUUACUCAAGAUGACAAGCCCCGCUCUCGCGUCGUGGCUGAAUACCUAGCCCAUGGCUACCAUAUUUCAGACCAAGCCAUAGAGCGGGCCCUGGCCAUGGAUCAACAGCACGGUGUCAGCACCAAGUUCACGAACGCUCUCAAGUCUUUCGAUGAACGCUUCAAGGCAACCGAGAAAGCUCAAGCAGUCGAUGCCAAAUUUGCUGUGUCUGCUCGUGCCAACGCUGGUUGGCAAGGUCUGAGCUCCUACUUUGAGAAAGCUCUUGGCACUCCUACCGGACAGAAGCUUCGUACCUUCUACGAACAGGGCAACAAGCAGGUGCUCGAUGUCCAUAACGAAGCUCGCCAUCUCGCAGAUCUCAAGAAGGGCGGGAAGAAUGGUACUCCGGAGAAGGUCUCUGGAUCGGAUCGCACCAAAUGCAACUGUGCUGCUGACGGUGGCGUAUGCGGAUGUGCUCCUAGCGAGUGCGCAUGCGCUAGCUGCCCGAAGAACGCAGAGACCGAGAAGGCGUCCACUGAGGCGACCAAGGCAUAAGCUACAUUUUGUAAUGUUCACCGUCUGUUGUGGUUGGCGCGGUGUUGGGGAGAGAAAAAUUGUUACUACGAUGAGAGCUCGUCAAAGUUGGGAAUCGGCGUUUCCACGGUGCUAUUUACCUGUACCAUAGGAUUAAAUGCUAUACUUAGCUUAGUCACAAUCAUAGUGUGUGUUUCACACUGAUGCAAUGAAAUAAUUUCUAUACAGAUUGACA